AUGAGAGGAGCGGUGGUGGCGGCCGCCGCCGCCGCGCUCGGUAACAUGCUACAGGGAUGGGACAAUGCCACCAUCGCCGGUGCUCUCCUCUACAUCAGGAGGGACUUGCCGGCGCUCCAAGCUCACCCCGCUCUCCAGGGCCUCGUCGUUGCCACCUCGCUCAUUGGCGCCACCAUCGUCACCACAUUGUCCGGCCCGCUCUCCGACUACCGAGGCCGCCGCCCCAUGCUCGUUGCCUCCGCGCUGCUCUACUCCCUCGCCGGCCUCCUCAUGCUCUGGUCCCCCACCGUCGAGGUCCUCCUACUCGCGCGCCUCGUUGACGGCUUCGCCAUCGGCCUCGCCGUCACGCUCGUCCCCGUCUACAUCUCCGAGACUGCGCCGCCCGACACCCGCGGCCUGCUCAACACGCUGCCGCAGCUCACCGGCUCCACCGGCAUGUUCCUCUCCUACUGCAUGGUAUUUGUCAUCAUGCUCGCGCCGAUCCCUAACUGGCACAUCAUGCUCGGCGUCCUCCUGUUCCCGGCGCUCCUAUACCUGCUCGUCACCGUCUUGUACCUGCCGGAGUCACCGCGCUGGCUCGUCAGCAAGGGUAGGAUGAAGGAAGCCAGGGCCGUGCUCCAGAUGCUCAGGGGCCGCCAGGACGUGUCGGCCGAGAUGGCGCUCCUUGUCGAGGGGCUCACUACCGGCCGCGACACGGCCGUCGAGGAGUACGUCGUCGGCCCUCUGGAGGACGGCCACGGCGAGGCCAAGGUCAUGUUGUACGAGCCGGAGCGUCGGAUGUCAGGGGUGGCGCCAGGGAGCGUGUUCGGUAGCACUGUCACGCUGGCGUCGCGACAGGGGAGCAUGCUGGAUCACCUUAAGGACCCCGUCGUCGCCCUCCUCGACAGCCUCCAUGACAUGAAGCCCCCCGCCGGUGGCAUGGACGUCGUCCCCAACCUCGGCAGUAUGAUCGGCGUCCACGACAGGCCGCCCAUCGACUGGGACGAGGAGAGUGCCGGGGCCGACGAUGGCGACAUCGACGCGCCGCUGCUGGGCUUGAGGAGGCACAGCAGCCUAAGCAUCGCUGGCGAGGCGACGAGCACGCUAGGCAUCGGCGGCGGGUGGCAGCUGGCGUGGAAGUGGACGGAGGUCGUCGCGCCGGACGGGACGCGGCAGAGCACGGUGAAGAGAAUGUACCUGCACGAGGAGCAGGGUGAUGCCGCGGAGGAGGUGCACGCGGCGGCGCUGGUGAGCCAAUCAGCGUCGUGCACCAGGCAGGAUGACCUGCUUGUCGGUCCGGCGCUGGCACACCCGGCUGAGACGGAGGCGGGGGCCGGGUGGCGGGAGCUGCUGGAACCCGGCGUCCGGCACGCGCUGGUGUGCGGCGUGGCGAUCCAGAUCCUACAGCAAUUCUCUGGGAUAAGCGGCGUGCUCUUCUACACGCCGCAGAUACUGGAGCAGGCCGGCGUCGACGUGCUGCUCUCUAGGCUGGGCCUGCGCGCCGACUCCGCCUCCAUCCUCAUCAGCGGCCUCACAACGCUGCUCAUGCUCCCCAGCAUCGGCGUGGCCAUGCGCCUCAUGGACGCGUCGGGGCGGCGAAGCCUGCUGCUGUGGACAAUCCCGGUGUUGAUCGCGUCGCUGGCAGCGCUGGUGGUGGCGAGCGUGGCGCCCAUGGCGGCGGCGGCGCACGCGGCGCUAUGCACGGGGAGCGUGGUGGUGUACCUCUGCUGCUUCGUCAUGGGGUUCGGCCCCAUCCCCAACAUCCUGUGCGCCGAGAUCUUCCCGACGCGCGUGCGAGGCCUCUGCAUCGCCAUUUGCUCGCUGGCUUUCUGGCUCGCUGACAUCGCCGUCACCUACAGCCUCCCCGUCAUGCUCAGCUCCCUCGGCCUCGCCGGAGUCUUCGCCAUCUACGCCGCCGUCUGCUGCGUGGCGCUAGCCUUCGUUGCGCUGCGGGUGCCGGAGACGAAGGGCCUCCCGCUCGAGGUCAUCAUCGACUUCUUCAACGUAGGAGCCAAGGGGACUCUGCCAAACCUCCACCACGACGAAGACGACGAGGACUGA